AGAUAGCAGCGGUGGUAUCAAGGCAUUGCCCCUCGUGCGAAGACUUUACCGUUACAGCGAGUACCACAGUGCCAGUGGGUCAUUUAAAAAGUCGGCCUUGGCCCAGAAUGACCUGCCAUCAGCACGCUGUUGAUGAUUUGGAGAUACGCGAAAACACUUUGAAGCACGUCUUUCUAAUGUAAAUACUUCUGGUAGACGCACUUGCGGAAGCGUUCGCGGAGGUUUUUGCACUCAGACCUACCUGUUCUAAGUGUUCUGUCAUUACAUUGGAGGUCUUUUUUAGUCAAAUUCCUUCUUCUGAUGUAAACACUAUUAGUUGGAGUUGUUGCGGAAGAAUUCGCCGCAUUUUUUUGCGAUCAUGAAGCAGUGCGCUUUCUUUGUGUCUGUUGCAGCUUGUGUUGUGCUAGUGAGGUCACAAAACGCUUGCAAUCAGAUCAACCCAGUACAAAAAUGUCCAUUGCCGGCAACUUUCUUCGAUUCAUGGAAGAGUCUCGUCGCUGAUCGUUUGGCAAACGUCUACAGUGCUUACCAUGGACCUGCCGCUUCAGUUGCCAGAAAAUUCCUACGCAUGGUUCCAACAUUGAUCAUAACAGAAGCUCUGAAGAAUAAAGCAGUGUCCUUACAGAUAGGCAUAGACGUUGAAAAUGCCAACGACUGGAACAUCGUCAGAAACACCUUGGAGCGUCGUACAGAAGACGUAUUUGAGAGAAAUCCCGCACCAUUCACUGUGCUAUUCAACCCGUUCAUCUUGAACACCAAGAAAAUACGUAGAAAAUGCCGUAAAGAUAUGCUGUGUAGAUGGGCCUUAUUGUGGAAGAUAACAGAGACGCAGCCGUUAAAAUGAUCAAUGAUAUGACUCCAGAGCUGAUAAAACAGUUCAAAAGGGUCUUGGAUGAUUUGAACAUCCUGAGGGACGAUGUGUGUGAAGGCGGACAAUGCCAGAUUGUAGAGAAGGUUCUAUCCAAAAGGAAAGAGCUGAAUGAGAUUUUGGACAUCAGAAUAACAUCAAUAUUGCGCAAAGGUGUGCGAUCGAGUUGCUAGUUCCUAAUUAUGUGGAAUAUGUGUAUGAAAAUUGUGAUGAGUGAAUGGAAAUUAUUAUUUAUUUUGAACAAACCUAGGAUUAAUGAUAAUAUAUGUUAUUUAUUGUUGAUUUGUUGUGUGUUGCUUGAUAUCCCAGUUAAAAGCACAAACAAUUCAACGUUCCUAUAUGAUCAAUCCAAUCCACAGCUUUGCUAACGACAGCACUCUACAUGGAGGAGUUGGGAGUGCGAAGCCGAUCUCUGCC